AUGCUUUUCUUAAAAUUAGUUAUUGCUGCUGUCCUAGCUGUCUCAGUCUCUAGCACACCCACUGAAAAGAACCAAAUGACCAAUGAUGCUGUCCUGCAAAGACGAGCUGCGGCGGUCAAGGUAUUCGGAAAGAGAGGAUCUCGAGGGAGUCCAUGCGGGGCCUGUGACCCUACUGAAUGCGAAUCCGAUUCAUCAGGAUGUAAAGAUGCUGGCUGUUGUCAUCAUCAUAGGAAUUAG